AGUCAAUCCGACACAACCCAGCUUGGUGACUAGCUAAUUCAUCAAGUAAAAUUUUCAGAGUUCCCAAAUGACUUGGUUAAUUUUAGGUUUUUGUGCUCUGUUAUCGCUGGCGGCUGGUGAGAAUCCUUUCGGUGAUCGAUAUUCGGGAGGAAUUAGUCCUGGAUAUGGUGGAACGGGAGGGAUGGGAGGGAUGGGAGGAAUCGGUGGGGCCACCGGAGGGUACGGAGGGACCACUGGAGGUUAUGGAGGGUAUGGAGGAACAAGCGGAAGCACAGGAUGGACGGGAUCGCCUUACCAUGGAACAACAGGUGGCCCGUUUGUAACGACGACUACUGUGACGACCGUACUCGACUUGAGCACUGGAAUAACCAAAACUUUCCAUUCGUCAAGCAAUCGCCCUGGCGCUGACAAAUUUAAUUAUGGAGGUGAAAAUCGGAUGAUGGAGGGAGGUGGUGGUGGCUUCUAUAAUGUCUUAAGUGAAAACGAUAUCGCCAUGCUGAACAAUAGCUGGAAUAUCCUGAGAAAACGCAGCGAUUUCGCACCCAAAGUUUUUGUGAGAUAUUUCAAAUCAAAACCCGAAGCUCAAAAGCUUUUCCCUGAAUUUGCUAAUGUACCCCUCACUGAUUUGCCAAAUAACCAUGACUUCCUUAAUGCAGCCUACUCCUGUGUGGCCAGUUUAGAUUACAUCCUGCCCCAUCUCAAAUAUGCACAUGCUGAACGAUGCCCUGCACUACUUGAACUGAAGGAUAAGUACAACAAUAUUGACCUCAAGAAAUUUGGACCUAUCUGGAUGACGGCCAUGCAAGAAGAGAUGGGCAACGCGAUGACUAACGAAGUUCGUGACGUUUGGAAGAAAGCCAUUGUUGCUUUUACCGACUAUUCUUCACAAUAAAUAAAUAGUUUAUAUUUUUGUUUACUUUUCAACCUUUUUGGUGAAAUUUUGGGACCGUAUAGAUCAUCGCAUAUUAGGGAUAAUUGGCAUUGUUUUCGGCUGCUAUACAAGCCCUUAUGUAUCGAUAGAUUAUUUUAUUUUGCUCGUGCAAUUAAUAAAUACAUUCUUCAAUUAC